UCCUCUCGCUCGCUCUCCGCUCGCCGUCUUUCUCAUUCGCGUUCCGAUAACCGCUACAGUCGUCCUUUUUUCGGGUCCACAUUUUUUUUCUUUUUUUUUCAGUUAUUUUUUCAUCCGAACCCGUUGUUUUCUUUUCGGUUUUUUCCUCUUUCUCGGUGCGGAGCCGAGCAUCAGUGCCACCAUCGCUUCGACGCCAGGCGCAGCCGCGGCCCGGAAAGUGUUUUUUGGUGCGUUUUUCUCCGUCGCGCGUGCGAUUUUUGAGCUUCCCCGACCCCGAGCCCCGAGUUCUUAAUUUUCAAGUGUGGAUCGGUGUGUUUUCCGGCGCGCUUCCAUCCCGGGUCAUGAGCCAUAUGUUCCUCCGCGCGCUCGAGCCAGGGUAGCGCUCCCGUCGCCUGUGGGCCCUCGGGGCCACCCCCUUUUCUCAAAUAAGUAAAUUCGAUCGGUUUCUCCUCUCGAAAAGCGCCUUUCUCACCGGCCGCCGAUUUUAAAUUCGGUUUUUAAAAUGUGACCGGGGAUCCAUCGCCUUCGAGUGUUUGUUUGCUCAAUAUUUUCCAGUGUUAUUUGGUGUGUUUGCGAGUGUUUUCGCCCCUGAUUUGUGUAUUUUGUGUGUUAUUUGGAUACCAUGACCAUGGCCAGUGGAUAUAAUAAGUUCCGAGGCGGGACCAACCCUCUGCUGAAAGGCACUUUGAAUAGCGUUGAGCGGGACAGACUCAGGGAGAGGGACCGCCAGGCCAGGGCCCAAAUGUCCUCGCAGGCCGAGCGGGAGGCCGAAGCCCCUCUGUUCGGCGACCCCGUCAGGGUCCCGCCGAACUUGAGCGACCGGACGACGCAGCAGAUCCAGUCCCACCUGGGGAACUUCGACACGGUGAAGCACUGCCUCGUAGACCAACUCUACGGCGUGCCCCCGGCCUCCCCCGCCCCCGCAGCCGCCUCCUCCUCCUCCUCUUCCUCCUCGGCCGCCGCCAACCCCCCGGUCCACGAGUUCAAAAAACCCCCGCACCACCACGCCACCGGCAGGUCAACGUCUUCCGGCUCACACCACCAUCACCCCGCCCCCAGAGGCGGCUUCGUGAAACCGGCGGACGGUAAACCACCGUACAGUGGGCGGGGUUUCUACCCGGGUCAGCCGGUGAAGCACGGCGGAGUUGGUGGGAGCUCGAGCAACGACUUAAGGUCCAACGGAAUGGCCCCGGCCAAAGGGCCCCCGACCUCCUCCCACCCCUCACACUACUCGCACCAAACCCCGAGGAUCAACCCCGUUUCGAGGAACGCAAUCAGGCCCUCUUUAAGUUCUAGUUCAUUUGGCUCUCGCAGUGUACCUGGAUCUGAUCAUCAACCAAUAGAAGUUGAUAGCAUUCUAAAAGAAAUGGCGGAUGAAAGAAUUAAUGCUCCUCUUACAGCCAUUGCGGCAACUCCACGUAUUGAGACUGACAAUUCUAAAUUUGUGUUCAAUCCUGCACUAGGCAAGAUGGAAUCAACAGUGCCUCUUUCAGACCUAAGAUCCCGCCGAACGGUGGACAGCAUUCUGGGACCCAGCGGUCGAAUUUCGGCCUUGCAGCCUCCCCCGGCUUUGAAACCCUCCGCACCAGCUCCAACGUUCGGUGGGUUAAGCCUGGUGAGCGACCUGGUCCUGUCGGAGGACAGCGACGACGACGAGAAGAAAGCGCCGCCGAUCCUGUCGCCGCCCUCGCCGGCCUCGCCGCCGACGCUCAACAUCUCUUCGCCGCCCCUCCCGCCCUCCGUGACACCCCUCGGGCCCCUGGCCUCCCCCGGGCCCCUCGCGUCGCCCGCCUCCCCGGCACUCAAGCCCUUCCCGCCCUCCCCGGAGCCUGCCCAACUCAAGCCAUUCCCGCCCUCCCCCGUGGCUAGGCCCACCCCCUCGCCUACCCCGCAGCCUAAGCAAUCAGCGCCGAAACUGUCUCCAGCACUGAUAAACCUGACCUCGUCCAGUGACGAAGAGGAAGGAGAUGAUUCAGCCAGUGAUAGCGAUUCAGAGACGGAGGACUCGAGUAGCGACGCGGUGCCUCAGCCAGCAGCGCCACCCCCUCAAGAAGAGUCCAAGGGAAGAUGGAAUCUCAAGAACUUCCUCCGGACUCCUGCUGCAGACAGCCCUGUCAACAAAAACCAGGAGUCACCAACUGAGAGCAAAAAGGUGGAGGACGACUCAGAGUUGGAGCAUUUGACGGAAGAGCUCAAGAAGCCUCCGAUAAUAUCCGACCUCUCCGACUCGGACGUCAACGAGAAGAAGAAGCGUUUCACCAAGAGCCAGAAGCAAAAACACCGGCCCUCAGUAACGGCUCCAGCUGUUGACGUCUCGAGCGAUGAGUACUCACCUCCUGUGCGACGCACACCAAAACAAUCCGCUGCAAUUCGGAAAGCGCCGCCGACACCGUCAUCUCCACCAUCUGAUAUCGACUCUGACCAUAGUACAAAGUUCAAUAACUCAGAGCCUGUUAAAAAAGGUGGUGGGAAGAAACGCCAGGUGAGUGUGACCAGUCAGUCAGAGGAGGAGCCGGAGAAAAUCAAACCGGUCCGUAAGUCGAAGAGGAGCAGCUACAGCACGGAUAGUAGUCGGCACGGGUCUGUGUCACCCGUGAAGAAGAGUCGAUCCAGCAAAGCUAAGUCUCCCGUCGUUGUGAAAGAAAAGAAAAGUAAAAAGAAUACUGUGUUAGCAGCCAGGGAGAAAGUUGCACCUUACUCAGGCAAGGUUGCCAAGAAGCAGCCAGCAAAGGUUGUCGUUACCUCAGAAUCUGAAGAAGAGCAGGAAAUCAAAGUGGAGCGCAAAAAGCGUGGACGCCCACGACUCAAACGGCCUAAAACACCCAAUGACUCUGACGACUUGUACGAGUCACAGAAGAAAGUUGCAGAAAAAGGAAAGUCUCUGGAGCGAGUCAAGCGGAAUGAGUCAACAGACAAGCGGACUCUGAAAAGGCGGAAAAAGCCUGUUCAACGCCGGUCGAAAUCAAUUUCCUGUAAAUCCUCCGACAGUGAUGACAUCAUGAGUCCUCGCUCCUCUUCGCCCAUCAAACCUGCAUCACGUGCCAUGCCAAUGCCAGCCAUCUUCCGGCGAUCGCCGUCCCGCGAUUCGAGCUGCGACUCAAAGGCGGACUCAGAUACCAGCCCGCCCAGCGUCAACCACAAGGUCGAGGAAAGUCCACCCAAGCUCGGAGACGAAGGAAUAGCCAAAGACAAGAAGAAAAACGACACGUUGAGGAAAUUGUUCACCAUGGGCGGUGGAAAGGGUAAGGGCAAAGGGGGUGGUGGGAAAGGUGGCGGUAAAGGCAAAGGGGGCGUCAUCGUUGACUAUAUGGAUAGCGAUGAUCGCGUGAAACCCCCCUCCGACCGGGAAACAAGUCCACCAAACGAACGGAUUCCAGCCCCGUGCGAUAUUAAAAUCGAGGAGCCCAGAAGUCCACCGCUGAUAUAUAAUUCAGCCGGACAACCAAUCAUGAGGUGCUCGAUUAAACUAGCCAAGAUAGAUCUAGCGAAAUUACACCUUUUGAAUAAAAGCAAGUCAGAAGAUAUUAGGAGAAGAACUGAGCUGGCCGAUACGCGGCAGAAAGAGGCCAAAGAGGAUGCCCCUUCCGUCAGAGUUGAACAUAUUGACAGCAAGGUAGAGUCAAGUCAUAAGCAUAAAGUUGGUGAUAAAAAGUCCAAGGACAAGAAGGAGAGUCACAAGACAAGUAAAGCAUCACUUCCUUCCGAGUUCUCACCCACUCGAGCUGCAAAGUCUGCGCUGGAGUCGAAAACAGCACUGGUGAAACCGUUCCAAAGAGAGGCGCUUUCCCCAUCACCUGUGCCUCAGCAACCUGUCCAACCUGUUGUGGCACAAAAACGGAAAAGAAGCAUGAGUGCAAGUUCAAAUUCAUCGGAUGAAGAUGUCGGGAUGAACUAUUCUGAAAGAAGGAAGGCAUUGCGCAGAAGACUGAUGGAAGAAAAUUGCUUAAGGACAGGUUACGAAAAGAAAAGAAUCAACCGUCUCCUUGAGAAAGGCCUCAGCUCCGAAAUUCCUAGUCUUUUUGACUCAAACUUAGCCAAUGUUCCUGGGACGAACCAUGAGCGGGGUCGGUCCACUUCGUCACCAGCUCCUAUGCGCAAAGUUUACUACUCAUAUUUUGAAAAUCAUGUUGAUGAUGCUGAUAAUUCAGAUACAGAUGAUAAGGACCAGUACCUGUCCGAGGCGAAGCGCUUGAAGCACGGCGCAGAUCGGGAGCAAGAUGAAAUAGCGCAAGUGAUGCAGUACUUGGAAGCAGCUCUUAUGUUCCUCCUCACUGGCCACGCGAUGGAGCAUGAUAAUUGCACGGAAAAGGCCGCCUAUACCAUGUAUAAGGAUACCUUAAAUUUAAUAAAAUUCAUUUCCUCCAAAUUUCACAAACUUAGUCAAGUAAGCUUACCACCACCAGGAGUUGUCCAAUGUCGGCUGAAUGUGAUAAGUUUGAGGUGCCAGUCCUUACUCCAUCUGAAACUGUAUAAUAUGAGGAAGCACGAAGUCAAAGAAAGCUCUAAAGUCAUUUCUGAUUACUUAGCCAAGCAAACGAACGGUCCAACCCAGUUGGAGGCAUGCAUGAUGGGGAACGGAGGCCAAGGGACUCCGUCUCCUUUGUCACCAACUCCGUCACCAGCCAGCUCUGUCGGGUCACAGUCCUCAGGCUACAGUAGCGGCGAACUUCGCGCACCUGGCGUGGCGCCUCUUCCUGCGCCCUGCACCCCGAUACCACUUUCUGUGCACACAGCUCUCCAGAAACACACGCACACCAUGUCACUUGUUCAGUGCCAUGAUCUGUGGGAGCAGGCCGACAUGCUCGUGUACAAGGGCAAGCACAGAGACUUCUUCAUCGAGCUUGACCAGUAUUGUGGACCACUCACUCUUCACAGCUCUCUAAACGAUUUGGUGAAGUACGUCCGCAUCGGAAUCCAACGGCUGAAAUCUCUGUGAGUCCAGCAAUGGCCGGCAAUUUACCAGGAAGUGUCCAACACUCUCCCUGCUCCGAGACUGUGUUACAAAAAAUUCAAAUGGCUGUGCAAUUUAGUGUUAACAAAUACCUAAUUUCCUCUUAGUGUUUCUUUUUUCUUUUUUUCUUUCUAAGGUGCAUUUCGGUAGGCAUUAUUGUUUUCCCUCUUUUUCAUAACAUUGGAAUCGUUUGUUUUCUUGGAGUUUAACUCAGAAUCAUUCGGCACCAAGUGUUGGGUCCAACUGAAACUUUGAGUUGUCUCGUGUCAGGUAGAAUUUGAGGAUGGUUCAGAAUGGAUCAGCCGAGGGUCACAAAUCCUCUGAGGUUUCCAAUCAAAAAUUUGAAGCAACUCGUCAAAUCUUUUGUCAAGGCGUCCCUUGAAUGAUUCAACAGCUGUUUUUGAUACUCCCAUUAGGUUUAUAUUAAACUAAUUUUUCAUCGUACCUUAAAAUUUAGCAGUGUGCAUCAAUUUAUUGGCUAAUUAAUUUUCGCCAACAACAAGAGUCCUUUCAGUUUAGAUUUUAAAAAAAUACCAUGCUUUACUUAGAAUCAUCGGCGCAAUAGAAAAAAUGAUUACUACCUUUAUCAAUCUCUCACUAGUGCUUCAAUUUGAAACUCCACCAAUUUUUUUAAUCUUUAAGCCUUUUGCUUAUUUUUUUAAUCUUCAUUCAGUGGUCAAAAAUGUUGAAUACAUGAACAUAUUCCCUGUAAUUAAAUCCUAGGGCCUCGGUAAUCAUCAUUCGGGGUCUCAUCAUUUUUCAAUCAGUUUAUUUUACAUUUCUUGUCAGUAAACAUUUAAUAAUCUGAUGGCAAACAAUUCUUUUGCUUACACAUAAAUGCUAUGUACAGAAGAUAAGUUGUAUUUUUUUAAACUUAACUAUCCUUAAAUAUUUUGAUUGUCCGUUCAAACAGAAAUCUCUCUGUGUCAACCAGAAAUCUAUGAUAAGAAUUAUUUAAAACUUUACCCUUCUUUCCAAUUUUUCAGUUUUGGCACCCCUUAAUAUUUUUUUUAGUUUCCCUUGUUGUUAAAAUUAGUGCAUACCAGAAUGGAGUCAGUCUCCUUCGUGUUGCAAUAAUAAUCAUUGGAACCCUCCAAAUCAAUGAACUUAUGUAUUAUACAGUGUUCAUAAUUUUUCAAAAAGAACCAAAUUAGUGGAAGCCGUGUAAAAUUUUACAAGCUGGACUGGUUUUAUUUUUAUUUUUUUCAUUUGUUGAUAUACUAACUACGCUCCUUUUUUCUUUGUUACAAUAAUUCGGUUUCUAAUUUUUCCCAUUGAUCGAGCCUUUAGAAAGUGUCUUUUCAGUGUCAUUUUUAUAAACGUAUGUAUGUAUCAUUUUUCCUUUUGUUCGUUUGUUUGUUUGUUUCUCUGGUUAUUCAAGAAUUCAGACUGAUGCCUCCCUGAAUUCGUUCAAAAAUCAAUCAAUCACUUUCCACCAUCGCAAAUUUAAAACUCAUUAACGAGGGAUUUUCUGGAGGUCAUUUUUGUAAUUUCCCGUCACCAAUGACACUGAUACUGUUAAAUAUGAAGAAGAUCUUGUGAAUGAUUUUAUUCAUUUAAAAUUGAGUGCAAAACAACAAAAUGUGGGAUUUGAAAUGACAAACACAAAAUUAUCGCAAUUUGCUCUUUGAAUCUAUUGUUAUUGAGUCCUUGCUCUGUUGAUGAUGCUGUUAUCAAUUUCCUAGAAUUAAAGUCAAAACUUUUUGUGCUAUUUUACCAAACAGUAAUAUACUACCUAAACACACCUAUAUUACACUUCAUAAAAAUGCCCUGCAUGAUUUUAGCUUCAAGUUAAAUCAUUUCACUACAAUACAAUUUUUCCAGUCACUACAAUGAAAUAGAUUUCAAUAUCCCAAACGGCAAAAUUUUAAAUGUACUGUUCAAGUGUUUUCGAAAAUUUGUCUUGAUUUUUCAAGGCUCUGUUACAAAAUAUUUGAAGAUCCUCAAAAUUACCAUAUCUUCAAAUUUCUUUGAAAGUUACAUGAAGUUUUGCAGCAAUCUCACAUUGCAGGGUUUUGUAAGGGAAUCAUAGUUGGUUUUAUUACAAGGGUCUCAAGAUUUUGUCUAUCGUUGCAGAUUAGUUCAAAUAUUUUGAUAAAUACUCAGUAGUUAGCAUUUUUACAAAACCUCUUGACCCUUCCCAAGGCCCCACCAAAGUUUACAUCAAUCAGGUUGGUUCACUCAUAGUGUAAGACGGAAGAGGUCUCAUCUUAAUUCUUGAAUUUAGUUGCAACACAAGUAAAAAUGGCAGACUGUCUGAAAGUUGGCCCACCAAUUUGAUUUGAUUUGAACUCCAAAUUUUGCUUUUCUUUAUUCUCAAGCUGCAAUGUUUUUCCCUUUUUCUCAUGCGUAUCGCUGUUUUUAAUAAUUUUUUUUUAAGAAAAGCAGAGCUCUACUCCCCAGAAACGCAGGCACAUUUUUUUUUUUUUUUAAAUUUUCCCUAUUUUAAAAGUGACUUGUUGUCAUUAGCAGGCACAGUGUAGUAUACUGCUAAAUUUUUUAGUUAUUUUAUUUCCAAUUUAGUUUCUUCGUUAGGACUGACUUUUUAGUUGAAUUGUCACAUCGAUUUUUUGCUACUUAUUCUUUGUUACAUUUACUUUUGAUUUUUCUGUUACUCUUAGCGUAUACGAAAAUUUUAGUUUCUCAACCCCCUGUCUUCUUUCUGAUUCUCUAGUAUUUUUGUUUUUUUUUUCCUAUUAAGUUUUUCCCUCUUUUGUUGUUUCCAAAUUUCGAUUUGAAACUAUUGAAAAUAUCUGAACCAGCUUCUCCUAAUCGUCACUUAUACAACUUGAUAAAAAAGAAGAAAAAUCAUUUUCUUUGAACAUUUUAAGAAAAAAUAAACCCUGUUCAAACCUGUUAUAUUAGUAAGUAGAUUCCAAUCACUGUUUGAUAGAACUAUAUCAAGUCCGCACUUGUUUUUACUGAACGAAAAUCAACUCUAACAAAUCUAAAUGUCUUUAAAGAGAACGAGCCGUUUCUUUUCUUUCAACCUAAAAAUACAACUGUGUCACUGUAUUGUUUUUGAAAGCAGAAGUAUCUCAGUUCAAGAUUAAUAGCCAAAAGUAGUUGAACUUUUCGUUAAAAAUAAUAAAAAAAAAAAAACUCGGACUCCUGUAAUUAGAUACUUUUUGCCCCUGAAACAACAAGAAUCCCUGCAACCCUGCAAAGAACAGCAUUUUAAAAUAUCAUUUGUUUAAUUUUGUUUCGUUCUUAGCAAUAAUCCUGUACAAUAAACCAAAUGGCCGUCAAGCGUAUUAUCACUGAAUUUUAAGUUCUAUAAAAUUAGCACUGCAUCACUGCAUUUUAUUGUUUUUGCUGUUGUUUCUGCUCUUUGCCUUAUGUCAUGUGUUGUACGCUGCUUUUUAUGGGUCUAAGAAUGGUUGGUCUGAAUGAAUUGUCUCCAGCCUCCCCAUCAAUCGUUUUUUUUUUUUUUCAUCUCUGUGAAACCCACCAACUUUCGUAAUAAAUACUCAGUGCAAUUUUAAGACUAUCGCAUGAAAUCGUGAAUUGAUGUAAAGAAGUCUUUCAACUCCCUCGUCUGGAUGCAUCGCUCAUGAAAAUAUUGAGUCCUGUGAAACACAUUCUAAAGCAAGUAAAAUUCCACAUCAGCAAUAGUUCUGACUAACCAUUCUGCUCCAAAAGAACUGUUCCCUAGUUAGUGCCUCUAUACGUACAAACUAUUCUUCCAUAGAAUCGGUGGUACAAAUAACCCUGCAUUGUCGAAAAUAGUGUAUUUUCUUAUGUUUUCUUCAAUUAUGUCGUCUUCUGAAAAUUACAUUAUUUUCCUCAGUUUCAUUGGCGUCACAGGAUUUAGUUCUAUUGUUCUAAUUAAUUUAAUUUAAACGUUUUUCUCUACCUGGGAAUUAGCUUGAUUCUUUGGACCAUGUGUCAGAAAAAAUACUGGCCAAGUGUAUCACUUUUUAAAUCAUGCUUGUCUUUCAUCUUAUUCCUCAUGCUUGAAAAAUACGUAAAUGAUUUUUUCCUGUGCCCAUGAGAAGAAUUCAAUAUGUCUGCAUCGUAAUCAAGUUUCAAGGUUCCAACUCUUGUUCAUUAGGAGUCCAAGCUGAAUUUUCACUUUUUUGUGGAAUUUAAGUUGGUUUAAACUUACAGCCAACUGCCUAAAUUGAACUUACAUGAAAUAAAAUGUAACUGAAUUAAAAAUAUCCAGGCUUAAAAUGAUCCAUAGUAGUUUGUCAGAUGAGUAUGCAAGACUUAGGUAUGGUUAUAGAUGCUGUCUUUUCAUUGUGUGCCCCUUCAGGAAGCAGUGGAAGUUUUUCCGUGGUUACUUUGAGGCCUUUCAAUCAGAUUCCAGCAAGAGCGUGGCCUGACUGAUCUCUUGAAUUAUAUCGGAAUAUGUUGAAAGGGAAGCACUUUUGAAUUCUUACUCUUAUUGGUCAUAAAUUUCAUAGUUACGAAUGCAUCUGUUAGGUUUCUUGACUUUCCCAAAAAUUGAUGCAAUUUUUCACUUUAUCUUGUUUUAUCUAUUUCUUUAUUUUGUCUUAUCUCAAUUACCAUGUAGACAAUUCUUUGUUUUAGGGCAUAAUUAAAAAUUUGUAAAUUUUAGUUUGUUUAUUGUAAGAAUUGAUGAUUGUACAUUUGUAAGUACUUUACUAUUAAGCCUGGUGUGCUGAAGGUUGUCUAGAGAAAAUCAACCUGUCUUAAUUCCAUAGGUCAUGUAUAUAUUAGUUAGUCGAUAUUCUAAUAUUUUAUACUCUUUUUUAUGAAGCCCUUCCACUAUCGUACAAACUGACUUAGAGGAGAGGGAUUCUAAAAAGUGGAAACAUUUGACCUCAGAAUGUUUAAAGUAAGUCAAAAAUACUUUGAAAGGGAGAUUUUAAGACAGGUAGUUAACAGUAGUUAUUUUUUAUUGUUUUUCAUAAUUCAUUACUAUCCAAAUUAUCGACCCUGAUAACUAGUAGUUUUAGCAUUAUUUGUAAUUUGUGAAGUGCAUAUAUAUCUGUAAGUUCUAUUGUAGCCCAAAGGAACUGCAAGUGUGCUUCAGUUCUCCAAGUCCGAGACCAUAUCGGAGAUUAGUUUCCUCGGAACUAUGCAAUUAUGUUUGGUGAAAAAUCACUUAUAUUGUGUUAUUUUUUAACAAAAUAAAAUCGACAAGUGUUGUAUUGAA